CAAGGCCCAGGGCACGUUGGCGGAAGUACGUCACGCGUCCCCUCCUAGAUGGGCGGGGCCGGAGGGCAGGCUGCUGACGGAACGUGGAGACGGCCUAGGGGCGGGGCCUCGGCUUUUGGCGCGAAUUUCCUUUUCCUCACCUUCUUUGGAUUCCUAGCUAGGCGCCCAUUUCGGCUCUGUUGCACGACUGGCAGCUGCGAGAAGAGUCCAGCUGGGCAGUUUAGAUUUGCUGCAACUCCAUGAGCUCCUGAAGCGGAGACGGUGGGAAGCGUUAGGCUUGCGCCAGCUCGAGCAAACUUCGGCCCCCGGAGCCAUGGCGCACUGUCCUACAAGGCUGAGGACCAGACAGACUUCCUCACGGGCUGGCACCCCAUCGUUAGAUCGAAAACUGCACUACCAACCCUCCAAAGAAAUGAAUGUGAAAAUAACAGAUUGUUCGACUGAGGUUCUCAUCAAAGUUGGACAGUUUGUGUUGAUUAAAGGGGAUGAUGAUGAAAAUCCAUAUGUUGCUAAAUUGGUUGAGUUGUUUGAAGAUGAUUCUGAACCUUAUCCUAAGAAACAUGCUCGAGUACAGUGGUUUGUCCGAUUCUGUGAAAUCCCAGUCCAUAAACAGCAUUUGCUGGGCCGGAAGCCUGAUGCACAAGAGAUAUUCUGGUAUGAUAACCAUGCCUACGACAACAACGUUAACACUGAAACCAUCAUUGCCAAUGUGCGGGUACUAGCUCUAGCCCCAGAUGAAGUGAUACCUAUGGACCUGAAAAAUGAGAAGACAUUCUUUGUGAAACUAUCUUGGGAUGAGAAAAUAUUCAAACCACUGUCUCCAGAACUAGUUGCACAGUGGGAUGAACGACAAGAAGGCAAACGUAGAUGCCAGAAGUCUGUGGCAGACAAAACUAAGAGCACAGAAAGCCCUUCUUGGACCACAGCAAAACAUGAGGUCAAAAGGAUUGAAUCAAAGCAUUCCACCUCUAAAUCUCGCCAAACUCCUUCCCAUCCUGUUACCCCAAGGGCAAGGAAGAGGCUGGAGCUCAACAGUUUCCCUAGGACGCAUAACACUAGGAUAUCCCAGCAGACAUCCUCAGCCUUGUUGGAUUCUCCCGGAAGAGCAAAAAGGAAAAUGGCCUUCUCAGAGAUCACCUCACCUUCAAAGAGGUCUCAGCAUUAUAGGCCUCUGACCUUAUCUCCAGCUCUGAAAGCCCCAGAGAAAACUGGAAAGAUUCAACCCUCUUGUGCCAAAGAUGACAAGAAGGCUUCACCAGAUUGUCGCAUGAUCCUGAGAAUGCGACCCUCAGCUUUGAAAACAGAGACUAGUGAAGAAAGAACACUUAGCCCCACCUUGGGGGGACGGAAAUCCUCGGUGGAGCCUUCUGUGAUUCUGAAACCAGUAAACAUCAAAAACAGGGAGGCCAAAGGACCAGAAAUUCAGGACGAAGCUACCUCUACUCCCCAUCGUGUCCGCAGACAGAGCUCGCUUUUGACUUUGGAUCGGAUUAGGCAGCAGCUUAGGUUUUUAGGUAAGAGUAAAAGUGACCAAGAAGAGGAAGAGUUUCUGCCGGCAGCAGAGUUUUCAGACUCCAGCAGUGAGGAGGAAGAGGCUUCCACACCCCGCCUUCCCAGGAGAACUCUCAGCAGUGUGUCCAGGAACCCGAGCUCUUCCUUGAAGUCAUCCAUGCGGACCCCCUCCAAGACACCAAAGAAAACUCCUGGGCCUAGAACACCAAGUCAUGCCACUCCUCAGAUCCGCAGCCGAAACCUAGCCCCCCAGGAGCCCACCAACGUGCUGGAGGAGGCCCGGCUAAGGCUGCAUGUCUCUGCUGUACCUGAGUCGCUUCCUUGUCGGGAACAGGAAUUCCAAGACAUCUACAACUUUGUGGAAAGCAAACUCCUUGACCGUACUGGAGGGUGCAUGUACAUCUCCGGGGUCCCCGGAACAGGGAAGACUGCCACUGUGCACGAGGUGAUACGCUGCCUGCAGCAGGCGGCCCGAGCAAAUGACCUUCCUCCCUUUCAGUACGUUGAGGUCAACGGCAUGAAGCUGACGGAGCCCCACCAGGUCUACGUGCAAAUCUUGCAGAAGCUGACAGGUCAAAAGGCAACAGCUAACCAUGCAGCAGAACUGCUGGCAAAACGAUUCUGCACCCAAGGGGCCUCUCAGGAAACCACUGUGCUGCUUGUGGAUGAGCUCGACCUUUUGUGGACCCAGAAACAAGACGUGAUGUACAAUCUGUUUGACUGGCCCACUCACACGGAGGCCCGGCUUGUGGUCCUGACCAUUGCCAACACCAUGGACCUGCCAGAGCGCAUCAUGAUGAACCGGGUGUCCAGCCGGCUGGGUCUAACCAGGAUGUCCUUCCAGCCCUAUACUCACAGCCAGUUGCAACAGAUCCUGCUGUCCCGACUCCAGCAUUUAAAGGCCUUUGAGGGUGAUGCCAUCCAGCUGGUAGCCAGGAAGGUAGCAGCCCUCUCUGGAGAUGCACGGCGCUGCCUGGACAUCUGUAGGCGUGCCACCGAGAUUUGUGAGUCCUCCCGCCAGAAGCCCAACUCCCCUGGCCUGGUCACUACAGCCCACUUACUGGAAGCAGUAGAUGAGAUGUUUUCAUCGUCAUACAUCACUGCCAUCAAAAAUUCCUCCGUUCUGGAACAGAGCUUUCUGAGAGCCAUCCUCACAGAGUUCCGCCGAUCAGGACUGGAGGAAGCAACAUUUCAACAGGUAUACAGUCAACACGUGGCACUAUGCAGGAUGGAGGGGCUCCCAUACCCCACCAUGUCGGAGACCAUGGCCGUGUGCUCUCACCUGGGCUCCUGCCGCCUUCUACUUGUGGAGCCCAGCAGGAACGACCUGCUCCUUCGUGUGCGCCUCAACGUCAGUCAGGAUGACGUUCUGUAUGCACUGAAAGAAGAGUGAAGGGCUUCGCAAGGAAGGACCACCGACCUGCUGAUUCCUUUUUCUAAGCACGGGGGAGUCCUAGCAGCAAAGUAUCCUGAAUGGAAAUGGAUGUCACGUAUUUCGGAAUUUUCCAUUAAAUCAUUUGCCUUUU